GGGACCAAUGGUCUCACAUUUUCCAACCACUUGUGCCACGUGACCAUCGCCAUGUUGUCCUUACUCUCUUCAGUCAACGCUUGGCCAUUCUCCGCAUUCACCGGCCCCCCGCCUCCCUCCCUCCGAUCGCAGCUCUCUAAUUCCACGGCCAUGAACCCGCCGGAACCUUCCGCCGGCGCCGCCGUCGCGGCCGGCGAUGCCGACCCUCGCGUCCCGCUCUCCAGCCUCUCCACCGUCCGCCUAAGGAUGGACUCGGUGCAGCGGUUCCUGUCGCAGUCCCUCAGCAGCAACACCCUCCUGAGCAAGGACCAGAUGGACAUGGUGUCCGCGGAGAUCGCGUCCGCGAUCCACCAGAUCAUCGUCAACGGCGCCGCCCUGUUCAGCUUCUCCCGCAGCUCCGGCUCCGAUCCCGAGCCGGAGCGCUCGCGUCCGAAGGCGCCGGUCCGGGGACCCGCGCACCCUCCGGCGGCGCCGCCGGCGGAGGUCGACGUGAAAGUCGAGGAGGACGAGGUCGAGCCCGGUUGCAAGAUCGUGGAGCUCGACGCCGCCAAGCUCCUCGCCGAGCAUGCCCACUUCUGCGACGUUUGCGGGAAAGGGUUCAAGCGGGACGCGAACCUGAGGAUGCACAUGCGCGCGCACGGCAAUCAGUUCAAGACGCCGGAGGCGCUGGCGAAGCCCGAGCGGUGCGUCGAAGUCCCCCGGAAGACCCGGUUCUCUUGCCCCUUCCAGGGGUGCAAUCGGAACAAAGGGCACGAGACGUUCCGGCCCCUGAAGUCGCUGAUCUGCGUGAAGAACCACUUCAAGAGGAGUCACUGUCCGAAGAUGUACUCGUGCAACAGGUGCAACAAGAAGAACUUCUCGGUGUUGGCCGACUUGAAGUGCCACUUGAAGCACUGUGGGGAGUCUAGGUGGAGGUGUUCCUGCGGGACUAGCUUCUCUAGGAAGGAUAAGUUGUUUGGACACAUGGCUCUGUUCGAGGGUCACAUGCCCUCGGUCGCCACCGAUCACGAGGAGAAGGCAUCUGGGGUUGCUGCUAUGGAGGAUGAUGAAGAUGAGGAUGUCAAGGUUGAGGACGAGGAAUUGGCCGCGAAUUCGGUCGAGGGUGGUUUCUUUGAGGGGUUGUUUGAUGGGUUUGGAUCGCUUGAUAGCUACUCUUUUCAAGAUCUCUUGAAUGGGAUGGGCAAUGGUGUGCAGGGGUUUCCCGCGGUUUGACAUUAAUCUGGUGGAUGAAUUCAUGUUUCGUGGGGUACUUGCUUUGUUGUACACUUGAUGUUUCUGUAAUCAUAUUGAGGAUGAUUCUGUCUCCGGUUCUGUGUUAAUUAUCGUUACUGUUAUUGAUCAUCGUAGGAUUUGUACUUCCUGGUCGUAUCUUGAUUUGCAAUAAAGUUCUUAUCUUUACUUA